GGAGUCAUCCAACUUUGAAAAGCGUGUGCAACUGCGAUGACCGUCGAUUCCAAAUCCCAAAAUGGAGUGAAUGGACACUCCGCCGCUACUCCAGCCGAAAAGAUUCAGAAUAUCAAUGGGCAAGGAGGCCAACCUGAAUUGGCCAAACUUGAUGCUUCAAAAUUGACCAUAGAACUCGCCACUUGCCUGAAACCUCUCCAAGAGCCUGAGACCCUGCGAUUUGGAAUGAAUUUCACGGACCAUAUGAUCGUCGCAACUUUCGACCCUUUGACUGGGUGGUCUAUCCCAGAACUCAAACCAUACGGACCCUUGACUCUCGAUCCAUCAUGUUCAUGUUUUCACUACUGCCCCAACGUUUUCGAAGGUAUGAAGGCACACCUUGGUCCUGAUGGAAAACCAAGACUCUUCAGACCGAAUAUGAACAUGCGACGUCUGGAAGGAUCGGCGGAACGCAUGGCCUUACCACCAAUCGACGGCGACGAAGUGCUCAAGCUGGUCAAAGUUCUGGUCACCACAGACGCCCGGUGGAUACCCGAGGGCGAGUCUUUCAGCCUGUAUCUUAGACCCACUAUCAUUGGCACGCGAGCUUCUCUCGGAGUCACCGCAUCCGAUUCCGCCAUGCUGUACAUCAUCGCGUCUCCCUCAGGACCCUACUUCCCCCAGGGCUUCAGGCCAAUGUCGCUCUUCGCCAUGGGAGAGAACGUGCGCGCGUGGCCUGGUGGUACUGGCGGACACAAAGUAGGCGGAAACUACGCACCUGCGUUCCUCCCGCAGAGGAUUGCUGCGAAGCAGGGGUAUGAUCAGGUUCUGUGGUUGUUUGGGGAGGAAAAGAACAUUACGGAGGCGGGUGCUAUGAACUUCUUCGUUGUAGUCCAGCGUGAUGAUGGAGAUAUGGACGUCAUAACGGCACCUCUGGAUGGCACUAUUCUCCCCGGUGUGACGCGGGCAUCGUGUCUGAUCAUCGCCGCCGACCCAUCCUUCCAAGAGAAGUAUAAACUACGCCUGCACAUCCACGAGCGGACUUUCACGAUGAAGGAGCUGAUGCAGUGGUCGGAGCAGGGCAAGCUGGUCGAGGCGUUCUGUGUGGGCACAGCGGUCAGUGUCGGGUCUGUAAAUAGAAUUGGGUUUGAGGGGAAGGAGAUCACGCUCCCGUUGAAUGGAGCAGUUCUGGGGCCUGUGAGCUACGCCAUCCGAGAGCAAGUGUUGGGUAUCCAGGAGGGACGGGUGCAGUGGGAGGACUGGAGCGUUCUCUGUGAGGAAUAGACAUCAUCUUUAUAUCUAUAAAAUGUAUCUCGGGAUGUACUUUGUGAUGCUGAUAUACACUAGGAUUUUGUACAGU